GGAGGCGGAGGCCAGUUCCCCAGCUCCAGCCGCCUGCGCUGCCGCCGCCCGUGCAGUGGCAGCCGCGGCCGCCUCCUGUGUGCUCGCCGCGGGGGAAAAGAGGACGCGCGCGAGCCAGCCCGGGCGUCCCCGCCCAGCCUAACCCCGCAGCCAUGAACCCCAACUGCGCCCGGUGCGGCAAGAUCGUGUACCCCACGGAGAAGGUGAACUGUCUGGAUAAGUUCUGGCAUAAAGCAUGCUUCCAUUGCGAGACGUGCAAGAUGACUUUGAACAUGAAGAACUACAAGGGCUAUGAGAAGAAGCCCUACUGCAAUGCACACUACCCCAAGCAGUCCUUCACCAUGGUGGCUGACACCCCGGAAAACCUCCGUCUCAAGCAACAGAGUGAGCUCCAGAGUCAGGUGCGCUACAAGGAGGAGUUUGAGAAGAACAAAGGCAGAGGCUUCAGCGUGGUGGCAGACACCCCUGAGCUCCAGAGAAUCAAGAAGACCCAGGACCAGAUCAGUAACAUAAAAUACCACGAGGAGUUUGAGAAGAGCCGUAUGGGCCCCAGUGGGGGCGAGGGCCUGGAGCCUGAGCGUCGGGAAUCCCAGGAGAGCAGCAGCUACCGGCGGCCCCCGGAGCAGCAGCAGCAGCCGCAGCCCCACCACAUCCCGACCAGUACCCCUGUCUACCAGCAGCCCCAGCCACAGCAGGUGGCUCAGUCCUACGGUGGCUACAAGGAGCCUGCAGCCCCAGUCUCUGUCCAGCGAAGUGCCCCAGGCGGGGGUGGGAAGCGGUACCGCGCUGUGUACGACUACAGCGCUGCCGAUGAGGAUGAGGUCUCCUUCCAGGACGGCGACACGAUCGUCAACGUGCAGCAGAUUGACGACGGCUGGAUGUACGGCACGGUGGAGCGCACCGGCGACACAGGCAUGCUGCCGGCCAACUACGUGGAGGCCAUCUGAGCUCCCUGGCGCCUCCGCCCUGUCUUGUCUCUCUCCAGCACAUUCCACAGCAUCACAUCCGUCCAGCCACCCCGCAGUAUCUCUGUUGUUAAAUUCUGCGACAGCUUGUGUGUGUGAGUGUGUGUGUCCCCUUCCCGGCUUCCCUAGCCAGCUGAAUCCUAGCUCUGCUGCUGUCGCCAGCUCCUUCGGCCAGCAGGUCUUCCCUCUGACUCACUUCUUGAUUUUUGUCUCUGUAUAGAGCAGGCCUGGGCCUCUCUGAGGGAGACCUCUGCCCUCCACCCUGGGCCUUGCCUGCCUCUCAUUUUAUUCCCCCUCAGACUCCCCUGCCCAGCUCCUCAUAUACCUAAACAUUCCAGAAAGCUCCUGACUCCUAGGACCAACCCCAACCACCACCAGGGCCAGGACUCUGUACCGUGUUGGGAUCCAGGCCACGAGCUCUGCCUCUCUGUCCCAAGGAGGGGGCUGCCGGUCCACCAGGGGUUCCUCACGAGGGCAAGGGGGCACCUCACAGAGAGUGAGCUGUGUGUGCCACC